UCUCGGAACAGUUUAACCUUCCCCUCAUUCGAACAAGCUGCCCCACGUUGACGACUCACGACCAUUUCACGCGGCUGAUUUCAAGACUACUGCUGGACUCUGUUCUUUCUAUUUUUGUAUUCAGGCAUUUUAAAAGUCCGGGAGAGCUAUUCCCCCUGCUUCUGAGUCGAUCUUGCAUCCGUUCCACCAGCAUACAGGCAGCCAUGGUUGACCGACAAGCCACCCAGCAGAACCUCAACGGUCUGCUGGGAAAGCUCGAUGACCCUGAUCCAGAUAUCAGAUACAUGUCCUUGGAUGACCUGCUGGGGAUACUGAACAGUCCUAGCUCCGCAUAUCUUGCACAGGACCAGAGCUCUGCAGGCAGACUGGUGGACGGCCUUCUGAAAGCGCUGGAUGAUCAACAUGGAGAAGUCCAGAAUCAGGCUUUGAAAUGCCUCGGUCCCCUCGUCAGCCGCCUACCGUCUGAGAGUCUGAGUCCUCUCGUCGACAAACUGAGUUCCUUGACUGCAUCUCAGUCGAUCGAUACUUCGGUCCCGAACACAGCGUUGCGAGUUAUCAUCUCUGCCCUCCCACGGCCACAACCAGGUGUGCCUCCUAGUCAGGAGGCCAUUUCGGCCUUCUCAGCCAUCUCACGGGUGCUUAUCCCACGACUAACUGGCCCUACGCCAUCGACAUCGAGAAGGGGUUCGGUCACCAAGGGAAUGCUGGAAAAGGACCCAUCCAAGGGUUUUAGCAGUGAUGCGAUUGAUGUUGUCAUAGAGGUUAUCACCUGCUUCGGACCGUUGCUGAAAGAUACGGAGCUCGUUGCCCUGCAGAAGUCGAUCAUGUCAAUCAUCGAGAACGAUUCGGCUGGUACCGUCGUUACAAAACGUGCAUUGACGGCUAUCUCAGCGCUCCUACUUCACCUGUCAGAUGCGCAACUGAGUGCCCUGAUAUCGGAACUCAUCGAAAGCUUCCGCUCAUCGCAUCUGACCACCGUUCACCGUCGCCAUCUCAUUGCCACUAUAGGCGCCAUGGCGAGGGCUGCACCAGCCAAGUUCGGCCCUUAUCUUAUAACUCUGGCGCCGUUUGUUUUGUCCGCACUCAGUGAGCAAGAACUGGAAGAAAUGAAUGACGACGAUUCAGACAGCGGGGAGCACGAUCCUCAAGCAGACGAACUUCGGGAGACAGCCUUGGUGACACUGGAGGCCUUGCUGGAUGCCUGUAGCCAAGAGAUGCAGCCAUACCUCGCGGAUUCAAUCAACGCUGCGCUUAGGUAUCUCAAAUAUGAUCCGAAUGUGGCGGAGUUUGAAGAUGAUGAGGAAAUGGGGGGCACGAACGAAGGGAGUGAGGAUGGAGCCACGGAAGAACCCGACGACGGUGACGACGAGUUCGAUGACUUCGAAGAGGAGGGCGGUUACAGUGAUAUUGAUGAUAUGAGCUGGAAGGUUCGACGAUGUGCCGCGAAAGUGCUGUAUACGGUUGUGGCUUCGUACGGUGGCAAUCGUGUCCUGGAAGACGCAACGCUGUACCAACAGGUGGCUCCGGCAUUAAUCUCGAGAUUUGGAAAGGAAAGAGAAGAGAGUGUUAAGCUGGAAGUCGUGUCAACCGUCACUGCGCUCGUUCGGAAGACCGGUGAAGGUGCCAUGAUCAUAUCUUCCAAUGGUUUCCUCGACUCAGUGGGUGGCUCAAAGAACACGAGGAAGAGAAGGCGGCAGGAUAGCGAUGCCAGCAUGAUCGAUUUUGAACCAAGCAUGGGAACUUCUUCCGCCGUCAGCUCGCCGGUGAUGUUGCCGGCGACGCCAAAAUCCGGUCCACAGGCUGAUCUGGCGCGCCUCGUUCCCUCUAUCGUUCAAAGCCUGGUCAAGAUGUGGAGAAAGGCUUCGGCGCCUCUGAAGCAGGCCGCAAUCGUUCUGCUGAAAAACCUCGCCCUCGUACGCUACGGCGGUCUGGCCGAUUUCUUGCAGCGGAUCGAGGAUCCCAUCGCAGACGCCUUGAAAGCAUCGGCUCUUUCGAGCGGUGCUGUUGUCUCUUCUGGAGCCGCGAUCAGCGCCGGCAGCCUGCAAAUAGAGACGCUGAGUCUGAUUGCGGCAAUUGCGGAGACUCAUAUUUCAGAGGCACUGCUGCCGUUCCUGAUUGCUUUAAUCCCCGGCGUUGUGGGAUGCGUGAACGAUAAGAACUAUAAGGUAAGCAGCGAAGCCCUGGGUGCAAUUGAGCAGAUUGUCAAGGCACUCACGCCGCCCCGCGUAUCGCCCGAGGAACAAGACCUUGCACCGCAGCUGGAGAAGCUCUACGAUGUGAUCCUAGGUCGGAUUACUGAUACGACAGCAGACCUGGAGGUCCGCCAGAGAGCUAUCCACGUAUUUGGCGUUCUGCUUGCUCGCACAUCCGGAGACCAGGGGGCCAAAUUUGUCUCGCCUGUUCAACGCACGAAGGGCCUCGCCGUUCUCUUGGAUCGUCUGAAGAACGAGACGACCCGACUUGCAGCAGCCCGUGCAAUUGACGACGUGGCUGUCCUUGCUAGCAGUGAUCAAGAUGUCACAUCUGCCUGGGUCUGUGAAGCAACUAUGGAGUUGGCUGCCCAACUGCGGAAGUCGGACCGUAGUCUUCGAGGCUCCUGUUUGGAGGCUCUUCGGAGUCUGGCUAUGAACCCUCACACCAGGGUCCAUUAUGACCAGAAGACACUACAGGAUCUGGAGAACUUCCUUCUUCCGCUCCUCACUCCGGACGACUUCCAUCUUCUCACUCCUGCCCUCAUCAUCCUUUCUAGAAUUCUUCCCAAGAAUGGCGACCUCCUUGUUAACGACCGUCUUAUCUCUGCUCUCUGUUCUGUUGUGGUAGCGCCCCUGGUCGGCACUGUUCUGAAGGCACUGCUGUUCUUGGUGAGGGUCAUUGGAGAACAGGGAGCUGGUGCCGACCUGAUGAAACGGUUCUUGCGGGAUGUUGGCAUCAAUGGAGACCCGUCUGUCGUUGGCAGGGCUAUUGGAACCCUGCUGGUGUUCGGUGGUCCCAAGUUGGAUGUAAAGAUGGAAGACUUCCUGACGGAAUUGCGUACUGCCCAGGACGACCGCCGCAAGUGUCUCGCUCUGGCCAUAUUGGGCGAGGUUGGUCUUCGGAUGGGGACUGAUUCCCCGCUCAAGCCUGAUCUCUUCAUCUCCAACUUCUCAUCCAAAUCAGAUAAGGUUCGUUUGGCUGCUGCCGCGGCACUCGGAAAUGCCGCAGCCAGCAAUGUCAAAAUAUACAUGCCUGUUAUACUUGAAGGGUUGGAUAAGUCCAGCUCUUCGAACUAUCUGCUCCUUCACUCGGUCAAGGAGCUUCUUCAGCACCCCGAGGCCGUGCGGCAAGAUCUUGCACCAUUUGCUGUCAAGCUCUGGGAGAUUCUCCUUAUUGUGUCCGAAGACGAAGACAACCGAGCUGUAGGCGCGGAGUGUAUUGGGCGUCUAGCCCUGAUUGAUCCCGUUGCUUAUAUUCCACACCUCCAGGACCAUCUAACCAACUCUAACCCAACUAUUCGCGGCACCGUGAUAUCAGCAUUCCGUUACACGCUUUCUGACUCGAGCAGAGCAUACAACGAUGUCCUUCGACCGUUGAUCGUCCCUCUGCUCGUGACCAUGCUCAGCGAUCGCGACCUGGGAAACCACCGUCUUGCCUUGACGACGUUGAACUCUGCCAUACAUAACAAGAUGAACAUCAUUCUUCCCCAUCUCAACGAGUUGUUACCAGCCGUCAUUGGCGACACCCAUAUCAAACCUGAGCUGAUGCGCGAGGUACAAAUGGGCCCGUUCAAACACAAGGUUGAUGACGGUCUUGAGCUGCGAAAGAGCGCCUACGAAACUCUUUACGCCUGUCUGGAUACCGCUUUCUCCCGCAUCAAUGUCUCCGAAUUCUUCGACCGCAUCCUGGCCGGUAUCGACGACGAACAAGACAUCCGCACAAUCUGCAACCUCAUGACCGCGAAACUGAUCCACCUGGCUCCGGAAGAAACCCAGCGCCAACUCGACGCCCUCUCAGAUCGCUACCGAGCCGUCCUCUCUUUCAAGCCCAAGGAGAACGCAGUGAAGCAGGAGCUCGAAAAGGCACAGGAAGCUUCUCUCGGCGUCCUCAAGAUCAGUCGAGAUCUCGACAAAGCCUUCCCGAUAGCGGAGUCGUCUCCUGAACAUCACAAGUGGAAGUCAUACAUGGAAUGGAUCCGGAAGACGUUCGCUCAACAGCUCCGAAACCUGGAUGCUGAGGCCUAAAAGAAAGCUCUGGUGGGGAAUGGGGGAAGAAAGAAAAAGUAUCACAAAAGAUCACUUGUUAUUCUAGCUCUUAGCUGGAAAACAACGGUGGGGAGUGGACGUGGAAUUUAUCUUCUGCAAAUGUAUGUACAUACAUAAAGACAUGAUUUUGCUAGUUCCAUUUCCACCGGGAGACGUUAUGACCUAUAGCCAUUUGCUACCUAGUCAAUAAAACUUCAUGAUGUAAUGAUCAU